AUCAUCUAAUACAGCAUUACUUAAGUUGGAACACUUGCUUUUAUAGCGACAUAAAACGUGUAUAUACAUCAAUCUAGAAAGUAUGUUAUUGUGUUUGGAUGUGUUUAUACCUCCUGAGACAAAACGAAUCAACAGUUAAAAUAAACAAUGCCAAUGAGCAAACAUUGAUGUUUACUAGAACGGCAGUCGGGAUGAUAAGAGUAAAGCAUAAUUUAAUCUGAAAAUGAAAGCGAAUGUAAACUAUUACGCGGAAUUUAUAAAUGAGCAAACGUAUGACAUAAAAUCUUCGUAAUCUUUAUAAUGAAUUACGCACGUGUUAGCUGCAUAAAGCGUUAUUGAGAAAAACAGUGUUCGGGCGAGUGUCGAUAUUUAAUAUAUAGAACAGUGGAAAGAGCGGUACAGAACGCAGAACGGGAAAAUACUUUUGAUGUAUAGCUGCGAUAGAGGAAAUUGCGCUUAGUGUGAAAUAAGCGUUUGUGGAUACUGCACUGGAUUACCGAAAGGGAUAUUACAAAUGUAUACCGAUUAUGGCUUAACAUCUUAUGAUAAAGGAUACUUUUGGAAAGGAUUACUAAGUUGUUAAAUCACAUUUCAAAGAGAUGAACUCAGAAAACGAUAGUUACGCCGUUUGGAGUGACGUCAAUGUCACGACGACGUCUUCACUGUCGCUUUGGACAAAUGGUGCCGAAUCUACGUGCAACGGCACUGAAAUGCCCUUACUUGAUGAAGCAGCGUGGGUUAACAAAAUCAUAACGCCUUUUAUAUAUACGUUAGGUUUUCCAGGAAAUAGCAUUUCAUUUCUUAUCUGGAUACGACCGAAAAUGCGCCACUCGUCUGGUGUAUACUUGGCAGCAUUGGCUUUAGCGGAUUUCAUCUUCCUUGUUCUUCAUUUUAUGUUUGAAUUGAAUACAGUAUGGGGCGUACCGUUGCUAAGUUACCCAGUGCUCUGUGAAGGGUUUACAAUCAUUUUCCUAACUUUCCAAUAUCUAGCACCGUUAUUAGUUCUUUCGUUUACCGUUGAAAGAUACAUCUCAAUAUGUCAUCCAUUUAAGAGAGAACAAUUCUGUACCACACAUCGUGCCAGAAUCGUGUCUAUUUCGCUUGCAUUAGGCUGCCUCGCAACAUGCGGUAUCCAAGGUUACUUUUGGACUUAUACUGGUGACGAAGACGGAUGCACCCUUAGGGCAACAGUCAUUGCCGGCGACAGUGCUUCUUUGUGGUCCAUAUGGUCAUACGUCACCGAAACUUUGAUGUUCCUUGUUGUUCCAUUAAGCGUGCUAGUGUUUAACAUUCUUGUUAUCAGGGAGGCAAAACGUCUUUCAGAAUAUGAAGAAACACAGCUUCAUGGUCGGUCUCACAAGACUUCAGCCACUACUAUAAUGUUGCUAGUGGUAUCAUUUUACCUGAUCAUAACAACACUACCCGCGACAAUCGUUUACGCUACCGGUCCUAUCUUCACUCCGGGAAAGGCGUGCGAUGAUCCAGCAAGAAAAAGUUACGGUAUUUAUCUUUUAAUUAGAAGUAUUGCGGAGGAAAUCGGAAUUUCGCAUUUUGCAUUGAACUUCUAUAUUUACAUGGUGACUGGAAAACAAUUCAGGGAGGAAUUCAAAAGACUGUUCGGACUUAAGAGAACAAAACCCCACCCUGAAAAACUGGGAACCGAAUACACAACACUUCGAUCCAGUUUUCAAGGAAGUUUAAAGAAAAAUCUUACCGUUCGAAUGACAAGCAACGGUACCGAAAGUGUCAAUCAUAAAAGGCAAAACGGGUCAGAAUCUAGUGUAUAAUUUGUGAUAUUAUCUUUCAUUGAACGCUACCACUCGUUAACGUGAAAACAGCUGUACCAAAUAGCAUAUUUAUACUUUGCAUGUAUGUGUUUUGGUAAAAUUACGCAAUGCAAACAUUCGUACUAUAUAUAUUGUAUGCAAACAUUCGUACUAUAUAUAUUGUAUGCAAACAUUCGUACUAUAUAUAUUGUAUGCAAACAUUCGUACUAUAUAUAUUGUAUGCAAACAUUCGUACUAUAUAUAUUGUAUGCAAACAUUCGUACUAUAUAUAUUGUAUGCAAACAUUCGUACUAUAUAUAUUGUAUGCAAACAUUCGUACUAUAUAUAUUGUAUGCAAACAUUCGUACUAUAUAUAUUGUAUGCAAACAUUCGUACUAUAUAUAUUGUAUGCAAACAUUCGUACUAUAUAUAUUGUAUGCAAACAUUCGUACUAUAUAUAUUGUAUGCAAACAUUCGUACUAUAUAUAUUGUAUGCAAACAUUCGUACUAUAUAUAUUGUAUGCAAACAUUCGUACUAUAUAUAUUGUAUGCAAACAUUCGUACUAUAUAUAUUGUAUGCAAACAUUCGUACUAUAUAUAUUGUAUGCAAACAUUCGUACUAUAUAUAUUGUAUGCAAACAUUCGUACUAUAUAUAUUGUAUGCAAACAUUCGUACUAUAUAUAUUGUAUGCAAACAUUCGUACUAUAUAUAUUGUAUGCAAACAUUCGUACUAUAUAUAUUGUAUGCAAACAUUCGUACUAUAUAUAUUGUAUGCAAACAUUCGUACUAUAUAU